UUGGUAGUGGGUUGGGAGCGGGGUGUCGGGUCGGUGGGAGUUUGCAGCUUGUGGCAACAUCCUGCUUAGUCCAGCGAAUUGCGACACAUUAUUAAAUGUAUCAGAAUAGAAUUAUGAGGACUGUGUCACUACUACGUCACCGGAUGGCCAUUUCCACCAGUUCAUGUUUCCGUUCGGCGGCCGGCAUCCCUCGGGUGGUCGCAUGCAAUGAGUGCAUGUUUCUCGAAGAGGACUGCUCUUGCGCGGAAAGUCCUUGCUGACAGUCCUGGCAUUCCGGUGGCUGCUUCUUGGCAGUGAGCACUUGUCUAUCUUGCUUCCAAGAUCCGGUACUUGCAGGAAUAUCAUAACCGGGUUCUCCACAACAUUUAUCCUGUACCAUCAGGAACAGAUAUUGCAAACACCUUGAAAUACUUUUCUCAGACCUUGUUAAGCGUCCUGCGAGAUGCUCCCUCAGAACGCGGCCCGCAAAGUCGUGAUGCUCAGUUGUCAGACUACCCUUCUUUGGACUACCAAGGCCUCUACGUGACUUUGGUGACUCUCCUGGAUCUAGUUCCUUUACUACAGCACGGCCAACACGAUCUUGGACAGUCGAUAUUUUAUACAACUACAUGUUUGCUACCUUUUCUCAAUGAUGAUAUUCUGAGUACUUUGCCCUAUACGAUGAUAUCAACGUUAGCUACCUUUCCUCCAUUUCUGCACAAGGAUAUCAUUGAAUAUCUUAGCACAUCUUUUCUACCAAUGGCUAUAUUGGGCUCCUCAAGGAGAGAAGGCGUACCUGCCCAUGUUAACCUCUCUGCAUCGUCCAUGCUAAUGAUCGCAAUGCAGUACACAUCCAAUCCAGUGUAUCAUUGUCAAUUACUGGAAUGCCUCAUGAAAUAUAAACAAGAAGUCUGGAAAGAUCUUUUGUAUGUGAUUGCGUAUGGGCCUUCACAAGUGAAGCCUCCAGCUGUGCAAAUGCUUUUCCACUACUGGCCCAAUUUAAAACCUCCUGGGGCAAUAAGCGAGUACAGGGGGUUGCAGUACACAGCUUGGAAUCCCAUCCACUGCCAGCACAUUGAAUGCCACAAUGCAAUUAACAAACCAGCUGUGAAGAUGUGUAUAGACCCUUCCCUGUCAGUAGCAUUGGGUGAUAAACCACCGCCGUUGUAUCUCUGUGAAGAAUGCAGCGAGAGGAUUGCAGGGGACCACAGUGAGUGGCUGAUUGAUGUUCUUCUGCCGCAAGCUGAAAUAUCUGCUAUAUGUCAGAAAAAGAACUGCAGUUCCCACGUUAGAAGAGCAGUUGUCACCUGCUUCUCAGCAGGGUGCUGUGGUCGUCACGGAAACAGGCCUGUUCGGUACUGCAAGAGGUGCCACUCGAAUCAUCACAGUAAUGAAGUGGGGGCCGCUGCCGAGACUCAUCUCUAUCAGACCUCCCCUCCGCCCAUCAACACGCGGGAAUGUGGUGCUGAGGAGCUGGUCUGCGCCGUGGAGGCCGUGAUCAGCUUGUUGAAAGAAGCUGAGUUCCAUGCUGAGCAGCGAGAAUAUGAGCUGAACCGGCGGCGGCAGCUGGGCCUCUCCUCUUCCCACCAUUCCCUGGAUAAUGCUGACUUUGAUAACAAGGACGAUGAUAAACACGAUCAGAGGCUGCUCAGUCAAUUCGGAAUAUGGUUCUUAGUGAGCCUCUGCACACCCAGUGAAAACACGCCUACAGAAAGCUUGGCCCGGCUGGUGGCCAUGGUGUUUCAGUGGUUUCACUCCACUGCAUAUAUGAUGGAUGAUGAAGUGGGAAGUCUGGUGGAAAAGCUGAAGCCUCAGUUUGUCACCAAGUGGCUGAAGACAGUAUGUGAUGUUCGCUUCGAUGUCAUGGUCAUGUGCCUUCUUCCUAAACCCAUGGAAUUUGCCAGGGUUGGUGGCUACUGGGAUAAGUCCUGUAGCACAGUGACUCAGCUGAAGGAAGGUCUCAAUCGAAUCCUCUGCCUGAUCCCCUAUAAUGUGAUCAGUCAAUCUGUCUGGGAGUGUAUUAUGCCGGAAUGGCUGGAAGCCAUCAGAACAGAAGUCCCAGAUAAUCAGUUAAAAGAAUUCAGGGAAGUAUUAAGCAAAAUGUUUGACAUUGAACUCUGUCCUCUGCCUUUCUCAAUGGAGGAGAUGUUUGGUUUUAUUAGUUGUCGGUUUACAGGAUACCCCUCAUCUGUGCAGGAGCAAGCUUUACUAUGGCUUCAUGUAUUAUCGGAGUUAGAUAUCAUGGUUCCACUUCAACUCCUAAUAAGUAUGUUUUCUGAUGGAGUUAAUUCGGUCAAAGAGCUGGCAAAUCAAAGAAAAUCAAGAGUCAGUGAACUGGCAGGGAACCUUGCAUCUCGAAGGGUGAGUGUUGCCUCUGAUCCUGGUCGACGAGUUCAGCACAAUAUGCUCAGUCCAUUUCAUAGUCCUUUCCAGAGUCCGUUUCGGAGUCCUAUGCGUAGUCCAUUUCGUAGCCCUUUCAAGAAUUUUGGACACCCAGGAGGAAGGACUAUUGACUUUGAUUGUGAAGAUGAUGAAAUGAAUCUAAAUUGUUUCAUCCUCAUGUUUGAUCUUCUCCUGAAGCAGAUGGAGUUACAAGAUGAUGGAAUCACGAUGGGUUUAGAGCACAGCUUAUCAAAGGACAUUAUUUCUAUUAUAAACAAUGUCUUCCAAGCCCCCUGGGGGGGAUCCCACACCUGCCAGAAGGACGAAAAAGCAAUCGAGUGCAACUUAUGUCAGUCUAGUAUCCUCUGCUAUCAGCUUGCUUGUGAACUCCUGGAGAGACUAGCUCCCAAAGAAGAAAGCCGGCUGGUGGAGCCCACAGACAGCCUUGAGGAUAGCCUCCUUUCUUCCAGACCAGAGUUUAUCAUAGGCCCUGAAGGGGAGGAGGAGGAGAAUCCUUCAAGCAAGCAUGGGGAGAACCCAGGCAAUCGCACCGAGCCUGUGGAACGUGCUGCAGUAAAGAAUGAUACUGAAAGAAAAUUUUGCUACCAACAGCUUCCGGUAACAUUGAGACUAAUAUAUACCAUUUUCCAGGAAAUGGCUAAGUUUGAAGAGCCAGACAUUCUUUUUAAUAUGCUCAAUUGCCUGAAGAUUCUUUGUCUGCAUGGAGAGUGUUUAUACCUUGCCAGAAAAGAUCACCCUCAAUUUUUAGCCUACAUUCAGGACCAUAUGUUGAUUGCAAGCCUGUGGAGGGUCGUCAAAUCCGAGUUCUCUCAGCUGUCCUCACUGGCAGUUCCUCUUCUCCUCCAUGCCCUGUCACUUCCUCAUGGUGCUGACAUCUUCUGGACAAUCAUAAAUGGCAAUUUCAACAGCAAAGACUGGAAGAUGAGGUUUGAAGCAGUGGAAAAAGUGGCUGUAAUUUGUAGAUUUCUGGAUAUUCACUCAGUGACCAAAAACCACCUGCUGAAGUACUCCCUGGCACAUGCCUUCUGCUGCUUCCUGACGGCGGUGGAGGAUGUCAACCCUGCAGUGGCUACCAGAGCUGGUCUCCUGCUUGACACCAUAAAGAGGCCAGCAUUGCAGGGUCUGUGUCUUUGUCUUGACUUCCAGUUUGAUACUGUGGUUAAAGACAGACCCACAAUUUUGAGCAAGCUUUUACUCUUGCAUUUUCUUAAGCAGGAUAUUCCUGCUUUGAGCUGGGAGUUCUUUGUCAAUAGAUUUGAGACACUUUCUUUGGAAGCCCAGCUACAUUUGGAUUGUAACAAGGAAUUUCCUUUUCCUACAACCAUCACUGCUGUGAGGACCAACGUUGCUAACCUCAGCGAUGCAGCCUUAUGGAAGAUCAAGAGAGCUCGCUUUGCAAGAAACCGCCAGAAGAGUGUACGUUCCCUGAGGGACAGUGUGAAAGGGCCCGUGGAAUCCAAGAGGGCACUCUCCCUCCCUGAGACCCUGACCUCCAAAAUUCGACAACAGUCUCCCGAGAAUGACAACACCAUCAAGGACCUGCUCCCAGAAGACGCUGGGAUCGACCACCAGACAGUUCACCAGCUGAUCACAGUGCUCAUGAAGUUCAUGGCCAAGGACGAGAGCAGCGCCGAGUCAGACAUCAGCAGUGCAAAGGCCUUCAACACGGUCAAGCGACACCUGUACGUCUUACUCGGCUAUGACCAGCAGGAAGGUUGCUUCAUGAUUGCACCUCAAAAAAUGCGCCUGUCAACUUGCUUUAAUGCAUUCAUUGCAGGAAUUGCCCAAGUUAUGGACUAUAACAUUAACUUGGGAAAACACCUUCUCCCCUUAGUGGUUCAGGUGCUCAAAUACUGCUCUUGUCCUCAACUCCGGCAUUAUUUCCAACAGCCACCUCGUUGCUCCCUCUGGUCCCUAAAGCCUCACAUCCGGCAGAUGUGGUUGAAGGCCUUGCUUGUCAUCCUUUACAAGUAUCCAUACCGAGACUGUGAUAUCAGCAAGAUCCUGCUGCAUCUGAUUCACAUAACAGUCAAUACACUCAAUGCGCAGUAUCAUAGCUGCAAGCCCCAUGCCACGGCAGGACCUUUGUACAGUGACAACAGUAACAUAAGCAGAUACAGCGAAAAAGAAAAAGGUGAAAUAGAACUGGCUGAAUAUAGAGAGACGGGUGCAUUACAAGACAGCCUUCUCCACUGUGUGAGAGAAGAAAGCAUUCCGAAAAAAAAGCUGCGCUCUUUCAAACAAAAAUCUCUUGAUAUAGGGAAUGCAGACUCGCUUUUGUUUACAUUAGACGAACAUCGUAGGAAGUCGUGCAUAGAUCGGUGUGACAUAGAGAAGCCUCUGACCCAAGCUGCGUAUGUCGCACAAAGACCAAACGACCCUGGACGUUCUAGACAGAACUCUGCUACGAGGCCUGACAAUAGUGAAAUCCCCGAGAACCCAGCUCUGGAAGGGUUUCCAGAUGCUCGAAGGCCUGUCAUACCAGAGGUUAGGUUAAACUGUAUGGAGACGUUUGAGGUGAAAGUUGACUCGCCAGUAAAGCCUGCUCCUAAAGAGGAUUUAGAUCUGAUAGAUCUGUCCUCAGAUUCAACAUCGGGGCCUGAAAAACACUCUAUACUCUCAACCUCCGACAGCGACUCUCUUGUAUUUGAGCCUCUUCCCCCUCUCAGAAUAGUCGAGAGUGAUGAAGAAGAGGAGAUGAUGAACCAAGGCAAUGACGGCUCCUCUGCUAAAAAUGCUGCCUCCUGUCCUGCCAUCCCCAGCCAUCCUUCCGUCCUCAGCCUGAGCACAACUCCGCUUGUGCAAGUAAGUGUGGAGGAUUGUUCCAAAGACUUUUCUUCUAAGGACUCAGGAAAUAAUCAGUCAGCAGGGAACACGGACCCUGCCCUCAUCACUCUGGAAGACCCUAUGGACGCCGAAGGAUCCUCAAAGCCAGAGGAGCUGCCGGAGUUCUCCUGCGGUAGCCCACUAACGCUGAAGCAAAAACGAGACCUCCUUCAGAAGUCGUUUGCUCUCCCUGCGAUGUCGCUGGAUGAUCACCCUGACCCGGGCACCGAAGGGGAGAAGCCUGGGGAGCUGAUGCCAAGUUCAGGGGCAAAAACCGUCCUCCUCAAAGUCCCCGAAGAUGCGGAGAACCCCACAGAAAGUGAGAAGCCUGAUACCAGUGCAGAAUCUGAUACAGAACAGAAUCCUGAAAGGAAGGUGGAGGAGGAUGGAGCUGAGGAAUCCGAAUUUAAGAUUCAGAUUGUUCCCAGGCAGAGGAAGCAGAGGAAGAUUGCUGUCAGUGCUAUCCAGAGAGAGUACCUCGACAUCUCCUUCAACAUUCUAGACAAACUGGGAGAACAGAAAGAUCCAGAUCCUUCUACUAAAGGACUUUCAACUUUGGAAAUGCCACGAGAAUCUUCAUCUGCCCCUACGUUAGAAGCAGGUGCGCCGGAAACAAGUAGCCAUUCCUCAAUAUCAACUCAGUAUAGGCAGAUGAAAAGGGGAUCCCUGGGAGUUCUGACAAUGAGCCAGUUAAUGAAGCGGCAGCUGGAGCAUCAGUCUAGCGCCCCCCAUAACAUCAGCAACUGGGACACUGAACAGAUACAGCCUGGGAAACGCCAGUGUAACGUGCCAACGUGCCUAAAUCCUGACCUGGAGGGACAACCAUUGAGGAUGAGAGGUGCCACCAAAUCCAGCCUGCUGUCAGCACCAAGCAUAGUCAGUAUGUUUGUGCCUGCACCCGAAGAAUUCACUGACGAGCAGCCGACGGUGAUGACGGACAAAUGCCAUGACUGUGGGGCUAUUCUUGAAGAAUAUGAUGAAGAGACACUCGGGCUGGCCAUCGUGGUGCUCUCCACAUUCAUCCACUUAAGCCCAGACCUGGCAGCCCCGUUGCUGCUGGAUAUCAUGCAGUCUGUGGGAAGAUUGGCAUCCAGUACUACCUUUUCUAAUCAAGCAGAAAGCAUGAUGGUUCCUGGCAAUGCGGCAGGGGUGGCCAAGCAGUUCCUGCGCUGCAUCUUCCAUCAGUUGGCCCCCAACGGCAUCUUCCCACAGCUGUUCCAAAGCACCAUCAAAGAUGGGACUUUUUUACGGACCUUAGCCUCGUCUCUGAUGGACUUCAACGAGCUGAGCUCUAUCGCAGCUCUCAGUCAGCUCCUAGAGGGUCUAAAUAACAAAAAGAAUUUACCAGCAGGGGGUGCUAUGAUACGCUGUUUGGAAAACAUUGCAACCUUCAUGGAAGCUUUGCCUAUGGAUUCUCCUAGUAGCCUGUGGACCACAAUCAGCAACCAGUUUCAGACAUUUUUUGCCAAGCUGCCUUGCGUUUUACCUCUGAAGUGUUCUUUAGAUUCCAGUUUGAGAAUUAUGAUUUGCCUCUUGAAGAUCCCUUCUACCAAUGCUACAAGGAGUUUGUUGGAACCAUUUUCAAAACUGCUCAGCUUUGUAAUUCAGAAUGCCGUCUUCACUCUGGCCUACCUGGUGGAGCUGUGUGGCUUAUGUUACCGAGCUUUCACUAAGGAACGAGAUAAAUUCUACUUGUCUCGUAGUGUUGUUCUAGAACUUCUGCAGGCCCUAAAACUCAAAUCUCCUUUACCAGAUACAAACCUUCUUCUGCUCGUCCAGUUUAUUUGUGCAGAUGCUGGAACCAAACUAGCUGAGUCAACAAUCCUGAGCAAGCAGAUGAUAGCCUCUGUACCUGGAUGUGGGACUGCAGCGAUGGAGUGUGUGAGGCAGUACAUCAAUGAAGUGCUGGAUUUCAUGGCAGACAUGCACACGCUGACCAAACUGAAGAGCCACAUGAAGACAUGUUCCCAGCCUCUGCAUGAAGAUACCUUUGGGGGACAUCUCAAAGUGGGGCUGGCCCAGAUUGCAGCCAUGGACAUCUCACGGGGCAACCACAGAGAUAACAAAGCUGUGAUCCGCUACCUGCCUUGGCUUUAUCAUCCCCCCUCUGCAAUGCAGCAAGGACCUAAAGAAUUCAUCGAGUGUGUCUCCCACAUCCGACUGUUGUCCUGGCUUCUGCUGGGUUCCCUCACUCACAAUGCAGUGUGCCCAAAUGCCUCCUCUCCCUGCCUGCCCAUUCCUCUGGAUGCAGGCUCCCACAUUGCAGACCAUCUUAUUGUUAUCCUGAUUGGAUUUCCAGAGCAAUCAAAGACCUCCGUGCUGCACAUGUGCUCCCUCUUCCACGCGUUCAUCUUUGCUCAGCUCUGGACAGUGUAUUGCGAGCAAAGUGCCGUCGCUACAAAUCUCCAAAAUCAGAAUGAAUUCAGCUUCACGGCGAUACUGACAGCACUAGAAUUUUGGAGUAGGGUGACACCCAGCAUCCUUCAGCUAAUGGCCCAUAACAAAGUGAUGGUAGAAAUGGUGUGUCUCCAUGUGAUUAGUUUAAUGGAGGCAUUGCAGGAAUGCAAUUCGACCAUUUUUGUCAAGCUGAUACCUAUGUGGUUGCCAAUGAUUCAGUCAAAUAUCAAGCACUUAUCUGCAGGACUCCAGCUUCGCCUCCAGGCUAUUCAGAACCACGUGAACCACCACAGCCUAAGGACGCUGCCGGGCUCGGGCCAGAGCAGUGCUGGCCUGGCAGCCCUCCGCAAGUGGCUGCAGUGCACUCAGUUCAAAAUGGCCCAGGUGGAGAUCCAGUCCUCGGAAGCAGCCUCUCAAUUUUAUCCUCUAUGAGUGGACUUCUCGGCGCUCAGUGUCAACACUCUGGUUUAGCAAUAAUGGGUUUAAAAACAAACAAUUUGAUCCAAGCAGGUUGGGGAACAUAUUGGUACUGUACAUUCUCUUUCUAGUUUAGUAAAAGAUGUGCAAAGGCCAGAGAGGGCCGAAAAUGAAGCUUUCUUGCUACACAUAUUUCUGAUGACUCCUUGGGCUAUCUGAUUAAGUGUUUCCUUACAUUAUUUUUUAAAAACCAAAUCAUUUUUCUUUAACUAACUUCUAUUUUUUUUAAGAAAAAAAAAUAGACUGGUGGGUACUCACAGAAAAGUUGUAUAAGUCCCCCUGUUGCUAUUUUUGAUGAUAGAGAAUAAAUAGGGUUUUUGAAA